UCGCCAACCUUCAGACACAAACAGUGUCACGUCACCGCAUCCAGCAUUGUCCUGAGUGAAGCUCCGGUAAAAAAAAAAAAAAAAAACCCUCACAACAUGGACGACGACGUGUUAACUACCUUAAAGAUAUUAAUCAUCGGCGAGAGCGGUGUUGGAAAAUCCAGUUUGCUGCUGAGGUUUACAGACGACACGUUCGACCCAGAAUUAGCCGCAACGAUCGGUGUGGACUUUAAAGUGAAAACCAUAGCAGUAGACGGAAACAGAGCCAAGCUUGCUAUAUGGGACACAGCCGGACAGGAAAGGUUCAGGACUCUGACGCCCAGCUACUACAGAGGAGCACAGGGGGUAAUAUUAGUGUACGACGUGACGAAGCGGGACUCGUUCACGAAGCUGGAGAACUGGCUCAAUGAGUUGGAGACGUACUGCACACGCAACGACCUCGUCAAAAUGCUCGUCGGCAACAAAAUCGACAAGGACAACCGGGAGGUGGACAGAAACGAGGGCCUGAAGUUCGCUCGUAAACACUCCAUGCUCUUCAUCGAGGCGAGCGCUAAGACCAGAGACGGCGUCCAGUGUGCUUUCGAGGAGCUGGUGGAGAAGAUCCUACAGACCCCGGGCCUUUGGGAGAGCAGCGUCCAGAAUCACGGCGUUCAGCUCGGAGAGCAGCAGGCGCAGAACUACGGCUCCUGCGGCGGAUACUGCUCCCUCAUCUGACUUCCACAAUUCCACCGGACUGAGACACCAGAUCAUGAGAUUGAGAGAAAAAAAAAACUGUUUCCUGCUCCCGAACGAGAGGCGAAGGCCGGCUCCGUCGGGGGCAGCAGAAGGACGUUUGCACACUGUCUGUCCUUCCACUUCGAUUAUUUCUGUAUGGUAUUUUAUCUAACUUAUCAUAGAGCUGCGUUGAAUUACCGUUUCGCCGUCACUACGUCACUUAUACUGAAGCAGAAGGAUCGACGCUGACAUCAUUCUCUCUCUCUCUCUCUCUCUCUCUCUCUCUCUCGUAAAAUUCUUGCAGUUUAAAAGAAAAAAAAAAGCCCGGGGCCAUUAAACAAGUCAAGAGGGUGGGAUUAGUUUCUCCUCUUCGUUUUCCAUCAAGCUCCACCCCCUGCUUCGUCCCCGAGCCUCUUUGCUCGAUCUGACGUAACAGAUUUCUUUUUAUCUUUGUAAUAAUUUCGAGUGUUGUGCCUGUCUGAACCCGGCACCAAACACCGUCCUGUUUGCUGUUUUUGUAAUCUUCCUCUUCGCUUAGCACGCUCCUGCUAGCUUCCGAGAACUAUUCAUGCUAAAAAAAAAUAUAAGGAAUGCCUUUUAUUUUGGACUUUGUACUGUCUUUAUCGUCUAAGCAGUGAUAUAACAUCUGUAGAAUAUUCCUGAAGUGCGAUAACUUGUUAGUUUGUGUCCAUUCACGGACCACGGACCACCUCUCAACAGGUGAGGAUUUCAUUGCUCUCUCUCUCUCUCUCUCUCUCUCCCUUUUUUUAAUGGCUCAUCAUCUUAUUUUAGACGUGUUUUUGCCUCUGAUGGCUGUAGUAAAGACCGUCACUGUUAACGUAUCUCAAUACUAAACUGUUAGAACCGGGUUUCACUUCAGUAGUUUGUGUCCUGAUAAAUUUCACUGACACUAUUCCUCGUCCGUGAAGACAGUAAAGGAUGCCGUCGCUCGUCCCCGGGGUGGAACCGUAACCACAAGUCGGAAAGGUAACUCCUGUAGCUUACACUAUAGCAACAUCCGUAUUAACGUACACUUCAAACUGUAAGAUCUGUACCGUUAAUCCCAGAGUGUGUCUCUCUGAGAGUGGAGAUUAAACCCGUGAUUAUUUUAAAGCAGGCAUUUGUAAUUUCUCCAAGGUAAUCUUUCAUCUGACAAACCUGACUGUUUUUUUUUUUUAAAGUAUGUAUAAAUGAUGCCUGAAGCAUGUUUCCAGGCUGCAGCCUCCUGCUUUUCCCUCAUACUUAGCCGAAGAAAUCAAGAGCAUGCGCAGUCGCCGUCUUUCCGUCGUCCUGACACAAGAAAUAAAUUAAAAAAACCAAACCAGAGGCAUGAAUAUGAGAGAGGAUGGGUUCUAGCAGGUGUGUGUGUGUGUGUGUGUGUGUGUGUGUGUGUGUGUGUGAGAGAGAGAGACGGGGUACUGGUAAUAGAUCUGAGGUUAGCGUGAAGCGUCACAGGAUUCACCGACUUUUUAAAGCCACCUGGUAUUAAUCAGACUCGGACGCGAGUUUCCUUAAUGAAAUAAAAUAAACCAAUCCUUACACUGAUCUAUAAUAUUUUCUUCUUCUUAUUAUUAUUACUAUUAUUAUGGGCUGUAUGGAUGCAAACAAACCAAUAAAGAAAUAUAAUCUAUUGGUC